AUCUCCUUUGAUUAACUACAAAAAAUGCGACAAUUUUUAAAAAGCCGCUUUCUUAAGCGGGAAACUCGUUAUCAGUUUCUUGGCACAAUUAUUGUGAAUAUCAUUACGUUUGCUCAUGGAAUCGGAUUAGGGUGGCUUUCGCCGACCUUGACUAAAAUCCAAACACCGAACUCUCCGCUCGACUUUAAGGUAAAUAUCGAUGAAAUAUCCUGGCUGGGAUCGAUGCUGGGACUAGGAAGUUUGUGUGGCAAUUUGGCUAUUGGUUUUUUACUGGAGCGCGCUGGUAGAAAGUUUUUUCUAUAUCUGUUAGCUGCACCAUAUGCGUGCCUUUGGAUUCUGAUUUACUGUGCAUCCAAUGUGUACUUCCUGUAUGCCGCUCGGUUCUUAAGUGGAUUUAUUGGAGGUGUGGCCUACGUAGUCUUACCCAUUUUCAUCAGUGAAAUAGCCGAUACAAGCAUUCGAGGAUCCCUGACGUCAAUACUUAUGCUAUCGGUGAAUCUUGGAGUAUUAAUUGGCUAUAUUGCUAGCUCCUACCUCGACUAUCACGUUGUGCCCUUGGUGGCCAUAUUCCUGACAAUUAUCUACUUUCUAGCUAACCUAAUGUUGCCCGAAUCAGCCCCAUAUCUUUUAAAGAAAAACAAGCUCACUGCAGCUGAGAAGUCCUUCAGGUAUUACAAAAAUCAAAGAGGGGAGAAUCAGGCUACAAUGGAAAUUUUUGAGGAAUUGAAAUUAGCAGUCCUCUUCCAGAAAAUGAACGGCACUUCGGAAAUCACAUUUAAGGAUUUAAUAACAAAACCAGCUCUUAAGGGCUUCGGAGCUGCUUUUGUCCUUUCUACUGGAUUCGAAUUCAGUAAUGUGUUUAGCUUCAUCAACUAUAUGUCGGACAUAUUAGCUAAAUCCGGAUCGUUUCUGGAUGUCAACACCAGUACCAUAAUUAUUGGUCUUGUCCAGGUAAUUGGAGUUUACACUUCAACAAUAUUUGUCGACAUUGUAGGAAGAAAGCUGCUGUUGCUGAUUUCCACUCUGGGAGUGGGAUUUGGAUGCAUUGCCUUUGGAUGCUUUACAUAUUUCGUGGAACUCUACGACCUUCACGAUUUUAGUUGGCUUCCAUUUGUGCUGAUGAUUUUCAUUAUUUAUGUGGCUAAUGUGGGUCUAAUUGGUCUCUUCUUUCUUGUGAUUGUUGAAGUUCAUCCAGCAAAGAUCCGAUCCGUUGCUACAUCUAUUUCGGUUGCUUGGAUGAGUAUCCUUGUCUUUGUUACUCUGAAGCUAUUUCCAUUAUUACUCCACUUUUGGGGCAUUUCCGCCACCAUGUGGUUUUCGGCCAUGUUUAGUUUAGUCACUUUUGUUUAUUUUAUAUUUUUCCUGCCCGAAACCAAAGAAAAGUCUAUGGUCGAAGAUUAAAAAUGUUUUUAAGAAAUGUAA